AUGUAUCUCAAACACCACCCCAAACCAGAUCCAAAAGUGUAUCUCGAACACCAGCUCAAACUAGACAGAGAAAAAAGAGGAAGAGAAAUACAAACCAAAACACCAACCCAAACCAGAAAGAGACCAAGACAAACACCAUCCAAAACACCAACCAAGAAGAAAAAAAACCAAUCAGUGGAAGAGGAAGAUUUUUUGGAAGAGGAAUAUGCUGCAGAUACCCAAGAUCUUGAAUUAGCAGAAGAAGGAGCAGCUGACCCUAGCCAAUGGUGGGGGUCAGUCAAUGAUCUAUGCAGUCAAGCUUACCAAGAUGAUGAUGAUGGUGGAGGAUAUGAAGAGGAUGAUGAUUUGGUGAGCUUGGUUAGUGAUGAAGAAGAUGGACCAGUGCUUAAAAAGAAACACAUUGAGUUUGAUCCACACUUCAAGCCUGAGAACAUCAAGUUUGAGUUGGGAAUGGAAUUCCCUACUGUUGAGCACUUGAGGGAAGCAUUGAAGGAGCAUUUCAUCAGCAUUGACAGGCAGUACAAGUAUAUUCACAAUGACAGGUUAAGAAUUAGAAUUGUAUGCCAAGGAGAAGGCUGCAAAUGGUUAAUGUAUGCUCGAAGGAUGAGAGAUGAUUGCACUACAAUGCGAAUCAACAAAUUUGAGGAAGAACACAACUGUGGAAUUUUAUGGGAGAACAGGCUGGUAGAUGCUAAUUGGAUUGCAAAAGAGUUCUUGGAGAAGUUCAGAGCAAAUCCAGCCAUGUCUUUUGGUGAUUUCAAGAAAGCAAAUCCUGAGGGUAAGUACUCCAAACUUUCCUCCUGGACUUUUUAUCGAGCUAAGAACAAAGCAAUGGCCAAGAUACAUGGAACCGUUAAAGAUCAAUAUGCUAUUCUGCAUGAUUAUUGUGCUAUAUUAGUGAAACUGAAUCCUGGUAGCACAGCUUUCAUCAGAACAAGCUUAGUGGAUGAUGUAAGGUAUUUCAAGAGGAUUUACAUAUGCCUUGCAGCAUGUAAAGCUGGUUUCAAGUUCUGUAGGCCCAUCAUCGGGUUAGAUGGUUGCUUUUUGAAAGGGUAUUGCAGGGGUAUGUUGCUUGUAGCCAUUGGUAUAGAUGCAAACAACAGCAUGUUUCCUCUUGCAUAUGCUGUUGUUGAGAAGGAAAACACUGAUAGUUGGACUUGGUUUGUGCAACUACUGAAAGAGGAUCUGGAUGUACAAGACACAAGAUUGUUCACAUUCAUUUCAGACAGGCAGAAGGGGCUGGAAAGGGCUGUAGCAGAAAUUUAUGAAGGUUCUGAAAUACGUUUUUGUGUUAGGCAUCUUUAUGCCAACUUCAAGAAGGAGUUCCCUGGAUUGUUGUUGAAGCAACAAUUAUGGGCUUGUGCUAGAGCUACAACAGUGGAAGAAUUCAAAAGGAGAAUGGAUGAACUGAAGGAGACUAAUGCAGCAGCUUUUGAAUGGUUGUCCAAAAAGUCACCAUCUGAAUGGACCAAGUCCCAUUUUAGGACUUUCAGUAAGUGUGAUAUGUUGCUAAAUAAUCUCUGUGAGAGUUUCAACUCAGCCAUACUAGAUGGAAGAGACAAGGCAAUCAUAACUCUGUUAGAGUAUGUAAGAUACUGGCUGAUGGAUAGAAUGAGAAAGCAAAGAGAAAGUGUUAGUAAGUGGACAAAACCAGUUGGGAAGAGAAUCUUUGAUAUCCUGCAGAAGAAUAGGAAGUUAGCAAUGAAAUGUCAGUGUACAAAAUCUGUUGGAGGCUUGUUCCAAGUGACAGUGUCUACUGGCCAGGUGGAAGCAACAAAUUUGGAGACCAAAACAUGCUCUUGCAGAACUUAUGACCUCACAGGUAUUCCCUGUGGUCAUGCAUUAGCUUGCAUAUGGUAUUCCAACCUCAGUGAGUAUGGUUUUCUUGCUGAAUGUUACAAGAAAGAAGCCUUCUUAGCAACUUAUGAAGGGUCAAUUGCACCUAUGCCUGGUCCUGAGCAUUGGCCUAAUAAAGGCCUGAAUCCAAUCCUUCCACCAGCAGAAACUGUUCUACCUGGCAGGCCUAAGAAAUCAAGGAGAAGAGAAGUAGAUGAACCUCCACCUGGUGCAACUAAAAUGAGGAGAUUCGGGCAGUCUAACAACUGUUCUAAUUGCAAAAAACCAGGCCAUACAAAGACCACUUGCAAACAACCAGUACAGGAGAAGGAACCUCCUCAGAAGAAAAAGAUGGGUCGUCCUCCCAAAAAGAAUCCAGAUCCUCAAACUGUUCAGAGGAACAUGAGGAGAACCAAGCAGCAACAAAGGGAAUCAAGAAACACUCAACCACCAUCUUCUGCAAAUUAGUUGCUGCACUACUCAACUUUUGUAUUGUAUUUUGG